AUGUUGUUUUUGGUUGUCUCAGUCACUGGCCGGUCGACGCUACCGAGCAAUCUGCAAAAUGUAGUCGGACCAUCUAUGACCGAGAUACCUAUCAGCGUGCACAUUGAUGAUCAUGCUACUCUUCCGAGCAUUGCCUUGCAAUUACAGCGUCAGCUCAUUGAGGAUGCCCGCUACGAGACUGCCGGGAUGGAAGAGAUUAUCCGGAACUGCACUCGCUGGCCAGAUGACAUAAAGGUCUUUGUCUGGCGGACGUCUUUCCAGCCGGACGUCUUUCCAGCAAGAAGAUGA